AUGAGCGGCCUGCACUUCCACGUGAAUGAGGUCCCCAGCCCGACCUCGACCGUGCUCUUCGGACUUCAGCAGAUGAUGGUCUGUCUUUCUGGUCUGCUCGUGGUCCCUUAUCUGGUAUCUGACAUGCUAUGCGCUGGGGACAAAGCCAUCGAAAUACGGUAUGGUCCGUCAAGAAUCCUCUCUCGUUUUCAGUCCUCCCUGUUCAGAGUCCAACUGAUCUCUGCCACUUUUGUCACCUCGGGUAUUGCUACGAUCCUCCAAACGACGUUCGGAAUGCGGUAAGCGUCUUGCUCCCUCGGCAGUCCGUCCACUGUUCCGUUUUGCAGUCUUUCUAUUCUUCACGGUCCCUCGUUCGCUUUUCUGCCAGCCUUACACACCUUCCAGACGGCGUUCCCGUGUGACGCCAACACGAAUGUCAACAACUGGGAAGAGAAGAUGCAGAUGGUAGAGUUGGCGAGAAAAUAUAAAGUUAACGCAAGCCUCAGAUCGCCGGGAGCUGUGUCGUGGCUGUCCUCAUCAUGCCCUUUCUCGGGUUCACCGGCCUCGUCGGCGCCGUUUCUCAGUACAUCGGGCCGAUCACAAUUGUGCCGAUAAUGAGUCUCUUGACGAUCGGAACGGUUCCAGAUAUUGAGCAGAAAAUGGCAAUGCACUGGAUCUCUAUUGUGUUGGUUUUGCAAAAAGUGUAAUUGAGUUGGCACACUCUUGAAAUGUUCCAGAGAAUUCAUCAUCCUCGUCGUUUUCGUUGUCUUUCUCGAACAUCACGAGGUUCCCAUUCCCGUGUUUUCAUUUUCGCAGAAAAAGUUCCGGUUCAGUCGUCACAAAAUUUUCAGUCAUUUCCCGGUAUCAUUUUCCUUUCCGUUUCCCCCGUUUUCAUCCUCUUCUACAGUAUCUUCUCGGUCUCGGCAUCGCCUGGUUCAUCUGUUUCGUUCUCACCGUCACAAACGCGGAACCGUCCGGAGGCGCCGCUCGAACCGAUCAGAAUGCGAGUGUGAUGGUAUUCGAUCGGACGCCGUGGGUUCAAGUGCCGACGCCUCUGUUCUUCGGCCCUCCGAAGUUCAGUCUAGCCCUCGUUUGCGGGUUUAUGGCCUCUUGUUUGGCCGCAAUGAUCGAAAGUAUCGGCGAUUACAGUUCGUUUUACAGGAGAUCCUCAUCAAAAGCAACACUGUUUUUGUCAGAUUUAUGUGCAAAGAUCUCGAAACAAAGUCGCCCGCCGCCGUCGAACACGAACAGAGCAUUUGUCGUCGAAGGGAUCGGUUGCAUUCUGGCCGCAUUGUGGGGAGUCGGCACAGGAGUGACCACUUAUGCAGAGAACAUUGCGAUUAUGUCGGUGACGAAGGUAGGUGUGAAAUGAUAUUCUGAUCGGAAAUGAUUGAGGAACUAUACGAUCGUAAGCAUAUGGAAUUUCCGAGGCAUACGUGAGGAGAGUGAUUGACAUCUGAACUAUAAUGCGUCUAAGUGAUAAGACAAUUUGAAACCGAAAUACACACUUUUAAUGAUCACACAUUCAAUCGAAACAAAAUGAUCGGUUUCUGUUUUCUAUUUUCUAUUUUCCAGGUCACGAGUCGGAUUACGAUGCAGAUGGCCGGAGUGUUUCUCAUCGGCGCGGGUGUCAUUUCAAAGUUUGCCGCCUUCCUCGCAAUGAUUCCCGAGCCCAUCAUUGGUGGUCUUUUGGCCAUGGGAGUGUGCCUUAUCAACGGAGUUUCCCUGUCUAACUUACAAGUGUGUUUCUGAUAAACAGGUACUGAGAGAACCAGGAAGUAUCUAUUCAGACGGUCGACUUGCGUCUCUCUCGGAAUCUAACGAUCAUCGGAAUAGCAAUCAUCAUGGGAAUUACGAUACCAAGCCACUUUGAAAAGUCACCGUUGAAGACAGGUGCGCAAUCGGACACGACUGACUCAUUCUAUUUGAUACUCUUUGCAGGCAAUCAAGUGGUGGACGACGUGUUUGGAACACUUUUGACCAUCAGAAUGCUCAUCGGCGGCUUGAUCGCGUUUGUUCUGGAUAACUUGGCCGGUGGGGCCACGAGGAAGCAACGUGGCUUCGUGGCAGAUGGAGAAGACGACGAAGAAGUGAGCGUCGAUCGGAAUGGAUACGCCCUGCCUUCAUGGCUCAACAACUUCCUUUUGAAACACACGUGGAUGACCUACUUGCCAAUCGUUUCUUCUGAACGGGAAAUCUUAAGCAUCGAGGAGAAACGGAACAAAUUGCGUUUAGAAAAAGCAUAA